AACAUUUACUAAUGUUCUUUUUUUAUUUUUUUUAUUGUAGGAAACUUCCUGGACUUCGAAAUGGACGCCUGAGACGAGAAGUAAGUGGGGAACUCAAUUUUUUUUAUUUAAGAACAUUUACUAAUGUUCUUUUUUUAUUUUUUUAUUAUAGGGAACUUCCUGGACUUCGAAAUGGACGCUUGAGACAAGAAGGACUUCGAAAUGGACGCUUGAGACAAGAAGGAAUGCUUCCUGAAGUGUUCUAUAUAAAAAUGUUUAUUAUAAUUCCUUUUUUUUGUAGUGUCCUUACCCCUGUGAUAAAUAUAAAUUAAUAACAAUUCACAUCGAAUCCUAAU